UACUGGAAUAUUUGGCUUCUUGGGCUGAGGAUUAUGGUAGAAUCAGCGCCAAUUGUAGAGUAUGUCGGCUCAUCUGGUUACAGGACUAUCGGGUCGAUAAUGUUUACAGUGUUUACAUUUGUAACGAUUGUUGUGCUCAUGAACAUGCUUAUUGCCCAGCUGAGCAACACGUACACUGACAUCCAGGUUGAGGCUGUGAAGACAGUGAGGGCGAAUCGUGCAUGGAUCAUAACACGUGCAGAAAGAAAUGAAUGGAAAUGCUGUAGAAAUCAGUUAAGGAGAGUGCGAUACUACAAACGGGUGUAUACAGACAUUGACAUGAGGAGUCUGAAAAGGAAAGAUGAAACACAACUGGAUCAUAUAAGUAAAGCAAUCAAAAAGAUUGAGAAAAAACAGGUUAAAGACGCUCUUCAAACUCUUACUGUAAAAUUCAGACUCAGUAAUUUCACAAAUGAAAUUAUUCAUGAAGUAAAUCGCUCACAUUCCAGUCUCCGGAAACAGGCAGACGACACUGGUGCAGAUAUCAAAAGCAGAGUGACACACUUGGAAACCAAAGUUGAUAACAUUGAAAACAAAAUAGACACUGUUACACAGCAGAUUAAUGAAAUGCGAAAGCUAUUUGAUACACUGUUAUUACAGAAGUCCUCACCAGAAUAAAGGAUACGUGAUAUCAACUAGUGCAAAGGAUUUCAAGCUUAUGAGACAAAAUUAUCACAUUUAACUUUUUCGAUAUUCUGGAAAAAUUAUUUUAAUUAUUUUUAGAUAUGUUAUUAAUGCAACAUUUAUAUAUCAAAGUAAAACGUUGUCUUAGUGUGAUUUUAAUUCGUCUGCAGUUGAACAGACAGUAUGUAUAGUUUUAAGGGCUGUAGGCGACUAAAUAUUCUUUUAAAACAUAAUGUCUUCUAAGAACGUUUUAUACAUGUAUUAUAUUUUUACUUUUUUGAAUGACGGGGUAAAAAACGUCGUUUUUGGCAAAGGUUUGUUUAUAAACUACGAUUUUACACAUAUCUUUAAAAUUAUAUAUAUAUUUUUUAUGUUGUUCAAGUACAGAACUUGUCAAGUUUUUAAACGUUGUA